AUGACAGUACGCAACGCAGCAUGGCGAGUGUACAGAGAAGCUCCAGCAUCAGAAACUUUGGACAACUACGUAGCCCAACGUAACCACUGCACUCAACUGUUAAGAGAAGACAAAGCCGCCUAUCAGCAGAACAUCGCAAAAACUUUCAGUGCUAACCACAAACUGAUGUACAAGCACGUUAAUAGCCUACGAAAGGUGAGGCAAGGAUUUCCUCCACUCAAGACAGCUGGUGGCCCAACAAGAACGUCUAUGGAAGCUGCAAACGCGUUGCAGACGCAAUACGCCCCCACGUUUCAAGGAGUCUUGUCACCAAGCGAUCUACCAAGAUUUGAAUUCUGCUCACCAGGACUAACCCACAUCAAUAUUACCCUAGAGGCUGUAUUGCAAAAGCUGACUUUUCUACGCAAACACAGCUCGCCGGGUGUCGACACCAUUCGCCCAGAGGCAUUGGGAGCAGCAGCAAACCAACUGGCAGGAACUUUAGCUCAGUUUUUCCAGCACUGCUUAGACCAGAACCAAGUUCCCGCCAUGUGGAAGCUUGGAAUACUAACUCCGAUUCACAAAGGUGGAAGCAGAACUGAUCCCUCCAACUACCGCCCAGUAACCCUUCUUCCUAUACUCUCCAAGGUCAUGGAAUCCAUAGUUGCCGAUGCACUGGUGUGCUAUCUGAAAACUGCAACCUCAUCACUCCUGAACAGCACGGUUUCCGUCGACAGCGGUCAUGUACAACUAAUUUACUAA